GCGCGCAGAUGACAGUUCGAGGCGGUGCUUUCAGGCUAUUCUUUAUUGCUCGGGAGGGGGACAUUACUGAGUCGGGCGUGGGAGUCAGGCAAUCUUUCCUAUUCUAUCUGGAUAAAUGAAAGCUGACAACUAGACCACUUUAUUGCAGCGUCCAUCACAGACUGUCUCAGGCAUCUUGCUGCGUCUAAAACUUUGAAUUGUGCCCCCUCGCCGAGGAGCACUCCAACCCGCUCGAAGAAGAACGACGGCCGGACAACGCUCAUCAUCGCGAAAUAUAGGUACUUGACGCUCAAAACAUCCCUCAUUCAGUCACCCUGGCUGAAGUUAAAUUCAUCGUGUAUGUCCGUUUACAACUUUGCGUACAUAUUGCCUGUGAAUGAUUCGUUGCGCCGCUCAUAAAUGUGGGUAAAAUACAUAUUUCAAGAGAGAGAUUACACUAUCCCUCGCCUCGCCCAAAUGAUCUCAAUUGGUUCCCUCGGUGGGCAAAACCUAGGCUACUUUUUGAGUGGCAGCCUACUCUGAUACUAGGUUACAUCUACAGCUUGAUGGUCCCAGUGACGCAGGCAGCAUGUCCGCCCCCACAGACCCAGAGGUGAAGGAGUUGAACCCAGUCGACUUCAUCCAGCUACAGCAGUACAUUGACUACUGCACGCUGAAGGUUAAAGAUGUGCUGAGGGAAUUUGAUGCGGAUGGCAGGCUGGCCCAGCACAGACAUGGAGAGUGUAUCAAUGAGGAGGGCUUCCGUCUCUUCCUGAAGACCUAUCUGGAGGUGGAGGACUUCCCUAAGGAUCUCUGCCAGCGCCUCUUUCGAUCCUUCCAGAGCGGAACUGAACCUGACGGGCAGGACAAUGCUAAAGAGGUAUUUUUGAAGGACGUUUCGUGUUACUUCUCCCUGUUGGAGGAUGGCCAGCCCAGAGACAAGCUGGAGUUUGCUUUCAAACUGUACGACAGAGAUGGCAAUGGCGUCCUUGACAGCUCCGAGGUGGACCGGAUCAUUGCUCAGAUGAUGCACGCUGCAGAUUACCUUGGUUGGGAUGUGUCUGAGCUGAGACCAGUGCUAAAGGACAUGAUGACGGCCAUCGACGCAGACAGCAGUGGCACGGUCUCUCUGGAUGAGUGGGUGGAGGGAGGAAUGAACAACGUCCCCCUGCUGGUGUUACUGGGUCUGAAGAUGACUCAGAAGGAUGGGCAGCACCUAUGGAGGAUGAAGCAUUUCAACAAGCCUGUCUACUGCAACGUUUGUCAGAGCAUGCUGCUAGGACUAAGGAAACAGGGGCUUUGCUGCACCUGCUGUAAAUACACGGUCCAUGGACGGUGUGCCAACAUAAACCCAGCUCCCUGUACCAGGACCUAUGUCAAAUCUAAGAAAGACACAGGGGUUCCAACCCAUGACUGGGUCAGUGGGAACUGUGACUCUGGGAAGUGUGACAAGUGUCAGAAGAAGAUCAAGAGUUAUCACGGGCUGACGGGAAAACACUGUGUCUGGUGUCACUCCAUGCGCCAUGAUGACUGUGCCUCCCAGGAGCCCUCCGACUGUAACUGUGGACCUCUCAGAGACCAUAUCCUCCCCCCCUGGGCUAUCUACCCUGUUAUAAAGGAGAGGUCAAACAGCAUAAAGAACGGCUCCUCAAGCUCAGCCGACGACAGUGACCACAACACCACUCCUGAUGGACAGGUGCUUCAGAUUAAUCCGGUACCAGACACUCAUCCUCUUCUAGUGUUUGUGAACCCUAAAAGUGGAGGCAAGCAGGGCGAAAGAGUUCUGCGCAAAUUUCAGUAUUUGCUGAAUCCACGGCAGGUGUACAACCUCUCCAAUGGUGGACCUGGACCGGGGCUGUGCUUCUUCAGAUCUCUGAAGGAUUACAGGAUCUUGGUUUGCGGAGGGGACGGCACUGUGGGCUGGAUACUUGAUGCCAUAGACAAAGCCAAUCUUCAAGUGCGGCCACCUGUGGCUGUGUUACCCCUGGGCACAGGAAAUGACCUCGCACGUUGUCUUAGAUGGGGAGGAGGUUAUGAUGGGACAGAUCUGUGUCGUAUCCUGAAGGAGAUUGAGGUCAGCACCCCGGUGCUGAUGGACCGCUGGAAUGUAGAGGUGAUCCUAGAGGACCCCCAGGAGACAGGAGACCCUGUGCCUUAUGAGAUCAUCAACAACUACUUCUCCAUCGGCGUGGACGCCUCUAUUGCCCACCGUUUUCAUACGAUGAGAGAGAAACACCCCCAGAAAUUCAACAGCAGAAUGAAGAACAAGUUGUGGUACUUUGAGUUUGCCACCUCAGAGACCAUCUCUGCUUCGUGCAAGAAACUGAAUGAAUGUCUUACAAUUGAGUGCUGUGGCACCCCAUUAGACCUGAGUGGCCGUUCUAUGGAGGGGAUCGCUGUCCUCAACAUUCCCAGCAUGCACGGUGGAUCCAACCUGUGGGGAGAAGCCAAGAAGAGUGAAUGCAAGUGCUUGAUGAAUCCUCAGGAAAUGCCUGUGGUUAUUGUUGACCCUGAAGUCUUGAAAGUCAGUGGACAAGACGUCAGUGACCGGCGUUUGGAGGUGGUUGGCCUCGAAGGGGCCAUGGAGAUGGGACAGAUAUAUACAGGACUUAAGAGCGCUAUACGACUAGCAAAAACCUCCCAGAUCACAAUCAGGACGAAGAAACCUUUACCGAUGCAGAUAGACGGAGAGCCCUGGAUGCAGCCACCCUGUACGAUUCACAUCACACACAAGAACCAGGCCAGUAUGCUGAUGGCUCCCCAGGGCCGGUCCAGCUUCUUCAGCUCAAAGUAGUAGCCUGCUCCCCUGGCUUCAAGCUGUAACAUGGCUGGCCUGUAUACACUUGCUUAUUAUUGUACAUUUUGUUAAAGGCCCAGUGCAGUCAAAUGUGAUUUUCCUGUGUUUUAUAUAUAUUUCCUCUCUGAGGUUAGAGUAAUAUUGUGCAAAUUAUUAUAAUGUCAUUUUAGUGCAAGAGCUGUUUGAAGAGACUGCCUAACAUUUCUGCCUGUUUUGCUGUGAAUGAGUUUUGGCCAUGGUAGUAAGUUAGCGAAUAGAGUGAUAAGAAAUAGUUCCAAACCUCUCUGUCAGUGUCAACAGAUGUGGUAAAGAGGUCAAUGGAAGUUGACCAAAAACAAGGAAAAUGCCAUGGAAACGCGGUGGGGUGGAGAUCCUGAAAAAUGUGCCUACAUUUGCAUUUAUGCUAUUGUUUGUGUAUUUCACACUAUGUUGAGGUAGAAAUAGGAGUAUAAUGCUUGUAUGGAUGUCAACCCCAAUACAUGUUAAAUCAAAUCAUCUUCGCCAAUCAAGUCAUCAAUCAACGUCAAUAUAGUUGAAAACAACUUUGAUUACCACCACUGAUUUCUGUGUGCUUCCAGCUUUAUACCAACCGGAGUUAGCAUUUAGCAGUCACUUCUUCUAAACCUGAAAGGGGACAACUUAUUGAUGUUAUGCAGCUAAAACAGCCAAACAUAUCCAAAUCAGACUUCAGUAACUUCAGUUGUGGGUCGGGCUGAGCGAGUUCCAUGCUUCCUCUGGAAGCAACGUCAGCAGAAGAACUGUUUCAUCGGGAGGUUCAUGAAAUGGGUUUCCAUGGGCAAGCAGCCUAAGAUUAAAAUGCACAAAGCCAAGCGUCGGCUGGAGUGGUGUAAAGCUUGCCACCAUUGGAGCAGUGGAAAUGCGUUCUCAGAAGUGACGAAUCACACUUCACCAUCUGGCAAUCCGACGGACUAAUCUGGGUUUGGCAGAUGC